UGCACUAGAGAUGUGCUUGAGGUUUGUCCUGCCCUGGGUAAGGGGGAGGGCUUGGGUUUCAAUCUCAAAUGGCUUCCUAUUGGACGCCUUAGUAGACUGCGUGGGGUCUUUGGGACAGUUCUUCCAUCCCCACACCGAGUGCACGCAGUCAGGGUGUUGGGAACGGUUUGGGAUCGGACCUGCGCUCGGACAGCAGCACUGCAGCAUGGCUGGAGACAGCGAGACCCGACUUCAGGACCAGGAGGAGAACAGUAACGCCAUCAGGCAGCCGUUUCUCAUCGGGGUCGCGGGGGGCACAGCCAGCGGCAAGUCUUCAGUAUGUGCCAAGAUCAUGGAGAUGCUGGGGCAGAAUAAGAUCGAUCACCGGCAGCGUCAGGUCGCCACCCUGAGUCAGGACAGUUUCUACAAAGUGCUCACUCCUGAACAGAAAGCCAGGGCAAGCAAAGGACAGUUCAACUUCGAUCAUCCCGAUGCUUUCGACAAUGAGCUGAUCUUAAAGACGCUUCAUGACAUCAUUCAGGGGAAGACGGUUCAGAUCCCGGUUUAUGACUUUGUCACACAUUCCAGGAAGGAUGAGUUUGUGACGCUGUACCCAGCCGACGUGGUUCUUUUCGAGGGCAUUCUCAUGUUCUACUCACAGGAGAUCCGCGACCUGUUCCAGAUGAAGCUGUUCGUGGACACGGAUCCGGACACGCGGCUGUCUCGGAGAGUUCUACGAGACAUCAGUGAGAGAGGACGUGAGCUGGAGCAGGUCCUGUCCCAGUACAUCACAUUUGUAAAGCCGGCUUUCGAGGAGUUCUGUCUUCCAACGAAGAAGUAUGCAGACGUCAUCAUUCCACGUGGAGCCGAUAACCUUGUUGCGAUAAACCUGAUCGUGCAGCACAUUCAGGACAUCCUCAACGGCGGCUUCAUCAAACGCCAGAACGGCCAUCUGAACGGUCACGUGACCCCCCGACAGAGGCGCCCGUCUGAGUCCAGCAGACCGCACUGACCUCGCCGCGUCCCUCCUCCUCCUGCACAGGACGGGGCCCGACUCGUGGAAUGACAUUCGGCGCUCUUUCGUCGCUCGAGCUGGCUGAUAUGAGAUUUAGUUUUUUGCUUUUACUUUAUGUCUUUCUUUUUUUUCCUUCUUCUUUUUCUCCAGCUUGAAGUUGAGAGCGCUUUUUUUGUUCAUUGUCAUUGUCUGUGGAAAAAUAAACAGUGUUUAUGUUUUGGGUCAGACAAAAAAAAAAAAAACUCCAGGUGUUGGAACGCUGUGGCUGAUGAACUGUGUGUGUGUGUGUGUGUGUGUGAGUGAGAGAGAGAGAGAGAUGCCUUUAAAAACUUGAAGUCAGAACUCAGGAAGAGUAUCUGUAAGGCUGGGGUUUAACCUAAAUGCCAAGUGUUUACAUCCCACCCUUUAUAAGGUGUGCGUGUGUAUUUGUGUGUGUGUGGUCGAGUUUGGGUGUGUAUUUGCUCUACUGAUUGAUGGUUUUAUACUGAGAUCUCUGGAAAGACCUUCUACAUCUGAGUGUUAAGAGAUGGAGUGUUACGAAACAUGGCUUCUCCUGUUAGAGGAAGCUGUAUAAUGCGACAUGUGCUCUACAUUUAACAGUCAGAGGAAAUCCCAUGUUAUAUUCGACAGAUUAUUUUUUAAAGAUACUUGACAUGUGCUGUAGAAUCAGUAUGAUGUCAGGGAAGCUCAAUCUUUAUGCAUCCUCCAGUACUUGAAUUGUAGUUAAACAACUCAUUCUUACUUUUGAUAUUAGAUUAAGGCUGAGGAUUUUUUUGCCAAAUCAUUUAUGUGCAGAUUUCUGUGAGAACUGUAACAAUCUACAUGGAAAUAAUACUACUAAUAAAAAAAAGCAUCUUUG